GAAUUGGGUAAACAUUUCUCAUCAAAUGCAGUUGUUCCAGAUAUUGCAUUCCACUUUCACCUCACGCCCAGCGCUGAGCCAAGGCAACGGAUCAUUAAACUGCGAAUAAACAUAAGCUAUCGUUUCCCGUAAAUCGGCAUUCCAUUUAGGGUAUUAGGAGCUACCUUCGUGGCACUCCACGGAUUGUCUUUGGUUCUUUAGCACCUGAAGUCUUUCCUGUUUAGCCAUUUUUUAAAAAUCAGCUCCCGCUGUGCAAAGAAAAAAGCAUUUGCGAACAAAUUCUGAUUUAAGCAGCUAGUCCUCACUCCACGCCCAUAAAGGAUACGGUGUAUCGAAAUAGCUGGGAAAUAAGGGCACAUUUGUCCUUUUUUAUUCAUGAAUCCUACCUGCAGGGAAUACAUUCUCAAGUAGCCAGACCAUUAAUGCAAUUCCCAAAGGAAUGUUGUAAACCUUAUCCCUGGGACAACUUCACAUUUGGUGCUGUAAUUGUCAACACACAAGACUUGCGCUUGUGAUGCAUGACCUAUAUAGUUCCAAAGAGCACCCGCCCCUCUCGCUGUCUCGGAGCUCGUUAGUUCAAAGUUUUUUUUUGCCCCUCGGAAGCCAGUUUAUUAAACGUCAGCGUGGAAUGUUACAGUCGGUUCCCCGCGUCCAUUCACGAGGAGAGACCAGGAAGAGAAAGCAACCCCCAGUGUAAUUUAUUUUAAGGUUCGACUCUCGCAGUUAGCCUAUAGAAACGUCGGCGCGGCAGCGACUGAGGACAGCGUACUCCCAGCUUCGCCUCAGUUACGGCUGUAUCCCUCUCGCAUUCUGCUUCGUUUAUCGGCGCGGCGAAGCACAGACUCAGGACCCGUUUGCAUCUCGGUGUGGUUAUUACAUGGACUGUGGGAUUACAUUCAGCAUUCUUAGCUGAUCGAAGAUGGUCCUCAUUCUGAGAGUACAGAACAUCAAAUGAUUCAAGAAUGAUCUCGAUUUGCUGUGGUAAGAGCAAACCACAGUUAUGUUAUGGGGACUGGUGUGUAACCAUGCUCCUCAGUACUGGUGCAACAGUUCUAUAAUAAGAAGAAGUAUCAACCAGGCGAUCUUACAGCAAGCGUGCAAGAUUGACAUGAUGAAGGCCCUUGACAGAAUAUUGGACUGCUUCAGCAAAGUCAUGCUUCAUGUGGCCAUAUCAUUUUGGCAGCCGUUCCUGGGACUGGCUCUGAUCAUCGUCCUCACAGGAUCUACAGUGGGAUGUCCAGCUCGAUGUGAAUGUUCUGCCCAGAACAAGUCUGUCACCUGCCAUCGGAGGCGAUUGACUGUGAUCCCGGAGGGCAUUCCUAUUGAGACCAAAUUACUGGACCUGAGCAAGAACAAGCUGAAGUACAUUAAUCCGGAUGAGUUUGCAUCAUAUACCUUGUUGGAAGUAAUUGACAUGAGUGAAAAUAUCAUUUCAUCCUUAGAACCCGGUUCAUUUAGUAAUCUUUUUAACUUGCGCUCCCUACGCCUGAAGAGCAACCGACUAAAGUUGAUACCUCUUGGUGUUUUUGCUGGUCUGUCUAACCUGACGAGGCUGGACAUCAGUGAGAACAAAAUUGUUAUUUUACUGGACUACACCUUCCAGGAUCUGCAUAACCUGAGGUCUCUGGAGGUGGGGGACAACGACUUGGUUUACAUCUCUCACCGAGCCUUCAGCGGCUUGCUGGCACUGCAGCAGCUGACGUUGGAGAAGUGCAACCUCACUGUAGUGCCCACUGAAGCCCUGUCGCACCUCCACAAUCUGGUCCGCCUCCGGCUCUGCCACCUCCACAUCAACAUCGUCCACGCCUACGCCUUCAAGAAACUGUACCGCCUGAAGCACCUGGAGAUCGACCACUGGCCACUGCUGGACACACUGCCCGUGAACAGCUUUCAUGGUCUAAACCUCACCUCCCUGUCCAUUACCAACACCAACCUAUCUGCCGUGCCCUACGGUGCCCUUAGGCACCUUGUGUACCUUGUGCAUCUCAACCUCUCCUUCAACCCCAUCGGCACUAUGGAAGCAGGCAUGCUCCAGGACCUGAUGCGCCUUCAGGAACUGCACAUGGUCCAUGCUCAGCUGCUGACCAUCGAGGUCCGUGCCUUCAAAGGGCUACAGGCCCUGCGUGUGCUGAACGUGUCACACAACCUGCUAGACUCCCUGGAGGAGAGUGCCUUCCAGAACGGCAGGAGCCUCCAGGUGCUGUGCAUUGGCCACAACCCACUGGCCUGCGAUUGCCGGAUGCUGUGGGUGCUGCAGAGGAGGAAGACGCUGAGGUUCUCGGGAGACCCACCGACUUGCGCAUCGCCAGAGACCCUGAAGGGGAAGCAGUUUGAGGAUUUCAACAACCUGUUCCUUCCCAGCUACUUCACCUGCCAAAGACCCCAAAUCCGAGACAAGGAGCCACAGAACCUGAUGGUAGAGGAGGGUCAGGUGGCUCAGUUCGAAUGCCAAGCUGAUGGUGACCCCCUCCCGGUUAUUUCCUGGCAAUCGCCGCGCAGGAGGCUAAUAACCCUCAAGUCGAACGGGAGGAUGACUGUCCUGAGAGACGGCACCCUGAAGUUCCGGUCCACCCAGUUUCUCGACAGUGGAGUCUACCUUUGCAUCGCAAGCAAUGCGGCCGGGAAUGACACCACGUCGGCCACAUUGCAGGUCAAGGGACUUUCUGACCACCUGCGUGGAAACAGGACCUCUCAGUAUCUGACCGAGUUGAACGACACCCAUUCCAAUGGGACGCAGGUGCACAUGACCGUGGCCCUGGACCUCAAGACGAUACUGGUAUCCACCGCCAUGGGCUGCUUCACCUUCCUCGGUGUGGUCUUGUUCUGCUUCCUGCUCCUCUUCGUCUGGAGUCGGGGAAAGGGUAAGCACAAGAGCAACAUCGAUAUUGAGUACAUUCCCCGCAAGAGCAACGGAGCCACAGUCGAGAAUGAGCAAGGAGGUCCGCGGAGGUUCAACAUGAAGAUGAUUUAAUGCCAAUGGCAAAAGGCUGUACUCUUUUUUUUAACAAAAUGAAAGAUAAUCUUUAAGCUGCUCAUUAUGGGGCUAAAUCUUCACUUAGCUAAAGUUAUCCGACAUGCCAGAGAGUCUGCAACAGCUAAAGGUACAAAAGAUGUGGGAAAUGGUGGCUACUGGGGAUUUGGAGUUGCUUUCAUGGUGCCCAAUUUAAAUGGAGGCAGUGCCAUUGAACAAUUGGGUUCCUGCACUAAUGACUGCACCUCUCUAAAGACUAAUCUCACUGUUGAACCAGUUGGUCAAGUGAACGAGAAAAAUCAUUAGACAUUUUAUACAAAACCUUAACAGUCGGGAAGAAUUGGAAGGAGUAGGCCCUUACAAAGCUACCUGCAGGUUUCCACAAGGGGCAAAGAUAUCACUGUUGGUGAACUCCACAUGAGCGAGGAUCUAAUUGCAAAAUACUGAGGGAUGGAGGUUGGGAAGUGAGGAACAAAAAAAUGGAGGGUGGGACUGGGGCCCUCGUUUUUAACGGAAGUCAUUUUUUUUAAGCAAUAUGAAUAACGUGUUCAUUGGUGUACGAGACUUGCCAGAUUCUGUUUGGGGCAUAAAAAUCAGUGCGGAAACAUUGGCCCAAAAUGUGUUGAAUAAGCAAAAAACUGCAGAUACUGUACAUCUAGAAUAAUAGAAAGUGCUGGAAGUACUCAGCAGAUCAGCAAGCAUCCUUGGCAAAAUAAAUAAAGGUAACAUUUACAGUCACUGACUGAUAAUCCAAAUGCUUUUCAUAAAAAGUAAUCAAUUGGAAAUAUCUUGCCUUACUGAUUCUGACUGACGUGUUGAAUAUUCCUAGCAUUUUCUCUUUAUAUUAUGCCCCAAAAUGUAUGCUUUGUAUACUUCUAAAUUCAUAAGGCUGACUUACAAUGACAUUAUUUCGAUGUAAAAUUAUAACUUCAUUGUAAAAUCAAACACAAAAUUGAAAAGUUAGUAAAGAUUUUUUUUUAAACUGGCAUUACCUA